ACAUCAUGUCCUGCCCCUGGGCUGGGAUCCUGCUCCUCGCCCUGCAGGUGGCGGCUUCCCAAAAGCGGCUGAGGCUGCAGCAAAGCCCAGCAGAGAUCUGGACGACCCCAGGACAGACCGUGGAGCUGAACUGCACUGUUUCGGAUGCAGACGAACUUGUAACCUGGUACAAAGCGCGUCGGGACGGCAGUCUGCAGCGUCGGGACGGCAGUCUGCAGUCGGUUUCCCAGAAUGCUAAAUCUUUACCUGAGGAACGAAAAUACUCGAGUAAAGUGAGCAGCUCAGGGAAAACGAUCUCUCUAGUCAUCAGCGAUGUACGGGAGGAGGAUUCUGGAGUGUAUUACUGUGCCUUUGAUUUAUAUGUAGACAGCAACUUCAGGAACAGGACCAGGCUGAUCGUCUCCGAUGCCCCCCAGCCCAGCCUUGCCAUCCUGGUGCCUUCGCCCACAGAGGAGACCGAACUCCCAGACACCAUCCCCCUGCUCUGCCUGCUCUCCCCGCAUGCUCAGGCCUGGGGGGCACCUCUCUGGGAUGUUGGGGAGGGGUCGACACUGCCGUCAGAUGCAGGAGCCCUGGAUGGGGAAGGUGCUUGGAGCCUGACAACAGUCCCCAAGGAGAGGUGGGACGCAGGGACACACUACACAUGCUGGACCAGAGAGCAGGGAACUGGGAUAAACGUCAGCACCAUCACAGCCAAGGCAAUGGGCACCACAUUGAAGGGGCCCUGCUGGGUUGUGCGCUGGGUGGGGCUGCCCUGCGUCUGCCUCCUCCUGCUGAUCCAGGUCCUCAUCCUGCUCUCCACCAAGUGCCCCUGCACAGCAGGGACAGUGGCAGUGCCGGGGAGUGACGUGUACCCAAGGCAGAGCCCAGAGACAGAAUAUGCAGUUGUGAGCCACGGCGGCAGAAAUGCUUCUGUGUGACUGAAGUGUUCACAUGUUCAAACUUCAAAUAAAAAUUGUGGGCCCGCGCAUAUGCAUAAGGG